AUGCCAUCAAUUGUCCAGGGAUCUGCUGCCUACAAGAAGAAAGAUGGCACAUUGAAUAUAACGGAAGAUCAAAAAUCUAUUGUAUGGAAACCCCUUGGCGCCCAAAGCAACGAAAAGAUGGUAGUAAUUGCCGUUACUGAUAUCACAAAUCUUCAACAGACGCCCGAAUCCGCAGCCAAGGCAAUGUUACGUAUAAUAGAAAAACCACCGACUUCAACUGAGUCUAUCACUCAUCAGUUUCAUUUCAAUUCGCCGAAAAACCCUCGGGUUGAAGCAAACUCCAUUAAAGAUGUUCUUACUGUUUUAAUCAGUGCCAUAAAAGCUAAAGAAGCUAACAUUUUAAAACCCAACACAUCAGACUCUUCAUCACUGGGCUUAGUAUCUUCGAGCGUUACGGGAUUCAAGACAGCCACUGCAGUGAUGUUUGAUGAUGCUCACCUGAAAGCUAAUAUAGAAUUGCAGCAGUCUGUCAUGAAAAUUGAUCCAUCUCUACAUCGUACUUAUAUGGAAUCACGGAGCAACAAACCUGAUUCAAUAUCAGAUUCUCAGUUUAAUUCUCAAUUUUGGUCGACGCGAACACAUUUGCUUCGAGCUCAUGCAAUUGAGUUACGUCAAAAAAGAGGCGCAUAUAACGUUUUAUCUGCGGUAAAGCCACGACAGGUCGACGGAGAGCUUAAGAUGAAUAUCAGCUCGGAACAGGUUCAGCUCAUUUUCAGCCAGCAUCCACUCGUCAAACAUGUUUAUGAUGAAAAUGUUCCCAAGCUAAACGAAAUGGAGUUCUGGUCACGAUUUUUCUUAAGUAGACUUUUUAAGAAGUUAAAAGGCGAGAGAAUACUGGAAGGUGACGUCAAAGACCCUGUUUUUGACAGGUAUAUGGACGCAAACAAUGAUAGUGAAAUAAAUAUUAAGAAAUUCUCCGAGAAUGUACCUCAUAUAAUAGAUUUAGCUGGAAAUGAAGAGAACCAGGGUGGAAGCAAGGGUGGAAACAGGAAAGAUUUUACAAUGCGUCCUGCGUCAGCAGCUAAGGUACCCAUAAUACGUACCCUCAAUAGCCUGAGUGAGAAAAUAAUGGCUCAUGUCGCGCCAUCAGAUAUAGAUCCAUCAGCCCCUAUUGGUAUGGAUGAAGAGACUUUCAGUCUUUUAGCGCUUCGAGACUUGCAAGGAAAUGAAGCGGAAAAUAAGAUUGUGCUCAAUAUAAAAGAACAAAGCAGAUUCUUUUCCGACGGGAAGGGCUCGUUAUCAUCAGAGGCUGAGGCUUACGCACAGCAGAUUCCCUCUGAGAUAUUAGCAAGUCUACUCACGGAUGUAAAUUCUUCUGUUAUGAACAGUGAGGCUGGGUGCUUAGACUUAAGUUUAGCGAUAGGUGUGAGAGAAGACAGUGAUACCGAGGAUGAAAGCGAAGAACAAUAUCAUGUUGGCAGUAGAUUAAGCCUCUUAGAUGCUCAAAAUCAAGUACUAGAAGCCAUCAAGACCCGACGGCAAGAAACUGAUGGCUCAGGAGCUCAAACUUCGUCGCUGGGCCUCUCGCAACAAAUUCUUGACAGGCUUAUUUUGACCCAUGCAACUACGAUAGAGUUCGUUCACCAUUUCUGGGCCCUCUUCCUUUCCGGGGACUCAGAGCGUGCUGGUGAGCUAGCGAAGCUGGUUGAGACACUCGAGAAAGCUGUAGACAGAAUCGACGCAGUGGCUAAUGAUGCAGAACAGGAGAGGCAUGAAAUUAUAGCUAAACAAAAGCAUCAUAUCAAAGAAGUGUAUAAAGCUAGCGGGAGAAAAAUCCAGUGGAGUGCUACUUCCGUACUUGGUGGUUCAAGCGUUGUAAAAGCUGUCGUAGAGCCCACAAUUAAAGCAAUUCAGAAGGCGGUGAGAGAAUACAAGAAAGCUCUAGAGACCGAAAUGACCGAAGCGCUAUCGAUACCAAGUUAG